CGGUGUUAACUUGCCGAUCUUGUAUGGAGAGGGCGAGACGAGGACAUUUCUGAAGCUUCAAAACAAAAUCAUGAAGACAACGGAUGAUCAAUCUAUUUUUGCGUGGCGCUCCGCCUCAGCUUCAGCUUCAUCCGAGUCCCAUGCCUCCGACUCAAGUCUCUUCGCCGACACUUCCAAAUGCUUCGCCGACUGUGGUGAUGUCCAACAAAUUCCUUAUGACCUGUGGUCAGAGUACUGCGCCAAACAUUUCCGUUCGGAAAAUGUAGCAUAUCCUCUGCUGGACAAAGUUCCUUCUUGUAGGGGCCUCCGCGCUAUCCUGCCUGUGCGACAACGAGGAGAUGGACUCGAUGCACUUCUAGCCUGUGCACGAAGUCCUGCUGUCUGGAAUGGCUCCGAAUACAUGGCGAACGUGGACAAAACAGAUGCAAACAAGGCAGAUCUAAUUCAAUGUAUCCACCUCCGGCAAUCCUAUCAUGGUUAUGAACGGGUAGACAAAAACCAUCUGGAAAGCGUCGGCGUCGACAAUUUCCGGAAAUUCAGCCUUCAGGACAUCCAUAUUUGUGCCUCUCGAUCGUUCCUGGGUGCUCCAUCUCAUCGGAAAUGGCUCGUAAAUAGUCUUCUCUAUAUCAUUUCACCUUCGAUUUUGUUCCUUCUGUACCAAUCGCGUAAGGCUUCCCUAUGAUCUCUUCUUCCUUCACCAGUGUUAUGUCGUUGCGGACUUGUUUGUUUUUCGAUGUGGAUGUAACAUCAGGCAUGGGAUAGUGUAGAGUGCAGAGCGAUCUGCUUCGUUUCUUUCUAGACUGGCGCCGUGUCUAGGUGCUUUCUGUUUCUGAACUUACAUCCCCAAUGCGAUGGCCUACUCAUGUCUCCAAGACACCCAUGAUCAUACGAGUCG